GUGCUGCACCUCCCACCUACCCUCCUGCAGGAUGUGUGUCGGCUGCACCGCCUUCACUUUGUAGUGCCUCGCUCUCCAUCCAGGACUGGGAGCCUCGACUAUCUCCCUGUCGCUGAGCCAGGUGACCGUCUCGAAGUUGUCUCCGUUGGCCAAAGCAUCGACCUCUAGGCUGUGGACGCCCACCUGUUGGAACUGAUGCAGACCGCCCGAGUGGUCGAAGUGGGCGUGGGUGGCGAUGGCCAACAGCGGGUUUUUCCUCUGCGGGUCUUUGCCGAGAAGCCCCUUGGCGUCGAUGUAGUCAGGUAAGCUUCUCAAGCCCAGCCCGGUGUCUAUCACCACGUCCUGGUGUGAGCCGCGGAGCAGCCAGAUGUUGGCCCGGUUAUCUGACUGGUAGAAUCGCUCCUGGAUCCAGAACAGUCCGUCUCCGAGCGAUUUGUGGGCGUACCAGUCGGCUGCAGACAUCCCAGUUCACGCACUGGUCAAAGUAAUCUGCUGCGGGUGUUGAGCUGUCAGCUGAUUUUUACAGCGUCGAGGUAUAACUAGCCUUCAAUGCUAGAGGUGAUAUGUUUUCAUUGGCAAUAAUGUGAUGGUGGCUACCGACACACCCUUGUCGAAACAAAGCACUCUCAUUGGACAAUUGGAAUAGUGAUGACAGCCUAAAGAGAUGAUUCUAUAGGCUGGAAAUUAACCACACCUCCUCUACGUCAGCUAUGGGCGGGGCUAGUUUAAAGCCACAACUUUGCUGAUACGUGUAGUCUGAGUUUCCACGCCGGUGUUAGCAAAGCAUUAGUUGUCUCUUUUUGAUAAAUUCUCCUUAAAUCUACCAUAGAAAUACUUCGUUGACGAGCCGAAUUGUAAAUUUAACACGAAAGAGGACUUUAAGUGUGUAAAAAACUAGAAAAGUAGAUAUGAAUGCGUAGUAGAAGCUAAAUGCCGCAGAAUUGUCAUAAAGUACAUAGAGUUUCAGGUGUCUUGCUCUCCACAUUAGGAGCAGUUUACCAACAAACACUGUCAUAGUGAGUAUCCAGUCUGAGUGUAUUUGUUUAUGAGUGUCUGGUGCAGUCAAAUCAUUCAGAAAAGCUGGUGAUUACGAACCUCUUGUGUGCCACGUGUUUGACCGUGGAGUUUACCGGACACAUGUGGAUUGUGUGCUGCAGGUACAGAGGAGGACUGUGACCAUGGCAGGCAAGGGGCGAGGAGUGGCCGCCUUUACCUUCAACAUCGAGGCUCUGGGCAUCGGCAGGGGCAGCAUGCCAGAAGCCAGGGUGGGGCCCAGUCCUCUGUUUCCAGUAAGUACCCUCAGUUUACACACUCACACAUAUACCAUCAUAGUGUUGCACCAAACUGAACACACCCAGAACAGCUUAAACUCUUCAAACAUUUGCAUAUUAAGUUGACAUUUAACCCUAGAACACUAUUGCUAAAAUUAGUAACACCAUCACUAUCUAAGGUUGAUUUUUACCCGAAAUAAUAUACCCAAGAAAAAGUACUUGUCAUCAAAAUAUAUAAAAAUAGGACAAUGCAUGACAAAUGAAAGUAGCUUUCUUUUAUUUUUAACUGUGCAAUGUCCAAAGGGAGGGGAAAAAUGCCAUGAGGGGAGCAUAUAAAAAUGGAACAAAAUAACUAAAAUUAGGCAUUCAUGAACAAAAAAUUCCUAAAAAAUAAAAAUAUAGAAACUGUAAACUUAGUUUCUUUUCCACCCAUUCCUGAGGCAUGUGAGGGUCCUUGGCACAAUAACAGCUGCAGGAGAGAGAACCAAAAUAUGGCUUUUUUUAUGAACUUAGUUUUUAUUUAAGUUUCAUUCAAAAUCAUUAACAGAGUCAUAGUCAUCAUAUCUGCUGCUGCUUCAUACACAAGGUAACAGUUUUGGUACAACAAAAGAGACAAAGACUAUAAUGACAAAGAAAAAUAUAGAAUAAAUAGAGUAAGAAUUAUAUCAGUAUACCCAUGGCAGGGCUCCAUCUUUUUGUGAAUAUAUGCUUUUGAAAUCUCAGGGAAUAUGUUAUUUGUUCCAUUUGAUAUGUUUCCUUUAUUUUUUCAGUCCACAUAUUGUGUGUUGGAGGGUCAGGCUUCAACCACCUUACUGUAAUGCAUUUAAUUGCUGUUGCUAAUAGUAUCUGUAAGAGAUAUUUUUUGCCUCUUCCUUCAAUGCCUCUUGGUAGUAGGCCUAAUAGAGCCACCAUUGGGUCCAUUGUAAUAUUUCCACCAAAUAUUAUAUUAAGUGUUUUAAAGACUUCCUUCCAGAAUACCUCCAGUUUUGGGCAUAACCAGAGUAUAUGGGUCUGAUAACCAAUGUGUGGGCCGCAGUUUCUCCAGCAUUUAUUAGAGUGUGUAGUGCUAAGUUUAGCUGUGAUUUCGGGUGUCCCAAAGAACCUCAUGACUACCUUCCAUUUAAAUUCUCCCCAUACAUUUGAAUUGGUUACUAAAUGUACAGUGCAGACUUCCUCCUACAUAUCAUGUGAUAUGCUGGAAUUAAUUUCAAUUUCCCAUCUCUCCUUAAUCUGUGCAGUAUUAUUCAAAUUCAUGCUCAGGAACAUCUGGUAACAAUAGCUUAUUAAUUUCUUAUCCCAUUUUUUGGUUUGUACUUUAAUCAAUAACUCUUCAAUUAGCGUAGGUUUAGAAACUUUGUCCCAGUCUUAAUAUGGCAUAUUUUGAGUGAGUAAAAAUGACCAUCUGACUAAAAUUUCUUAUCACCAUAUAAAUUCCCUUUAAAAUCUCUACUUUGUGAUAGUUAUUCAUAACCACUGCACUAAAUAAAGAUAGCAUGCGAAUUCCUGGACAACUCUUACUGACCUUAUUCCCCAAAUGCAGCUAUCAAAUCCACCCAUCCGCCGGGUAAAAAUCACCCGAACACGUGCCUGUAGGAGAUAACAGGUUUUGGAUCAGGGAAACAAAUAUGCCUUCAAAGAUGUCAAAGGCAAUGCUGAAGCUACCCAGGGACCCAUGAUACUCAGACAAACGCAACAUAAUGAAAAUCACGUACACGUUUGGUCGGGUGAAAAUCACCCGGUGAUAGUGAUAAAGGGUUAAACCAAUAUACAGGCAAUAUAACAGCUAUUUUUUGGAUGUGAACACAAAAAAGUCAGUGAUGUGAAUUAGUGCUAUGUAUUACAGUGUAUUAUUUAAUAUUCUGUCCCAGAGCAUACUCUCCCAAAAGCUGCAUAACGCUCUAGUUUUUCUUCUGAAUGAUGCAGUGACAAAGGCCUAAAAGCAGUAAUGACUGUGGGGCCUAAUUGAGUUCUUUUUAUUAUACUUUCAAUGCAUGUUAUGCCCAUCAUGUGCAGUACCCAUAGCAAUUAACACAAAGAGGUGGGAUUUAAUUUGGCACACAGGUCCAGAGUGUGAUUAAGAUCCUUUGUCAUUAUGGUAGAAUAUUGCAGUCUACUUACCACAAAAUGAGCUUCUGAGCUCCCCGGAGGCCGCGUUCAAGCGUGCCACACCGGUGUCUUGCUGGUGUCUUGAUAUCAGCCUUUGUAGUGUAAAAUAUUACGGGACAAUUUCUUAAUUAUCAAGUAAUAAGCUUAAGUACCUACGCUUAUUCAUCUUGCAAGUCCCCUUGGCAACUGAUUCAUUGAUUUUUAUGAAAUAUAUUAAUCACAACAUGAAUCUAUCUUAUUCUACAAUAGUUUAGAAGUUUGGCGUGCACCUCACUGUGUAGGAUCCAUUUUGUACUCUGUUAUUCUAUUUUGGUGUUUCUUUAAAUCAUAUCACUCUAACCUCAAAUGCAAUCUACAAAGGGGAAAUUAAAGGAAGGCACAUCAUGUAGUAAAAAAUGAUUUUCCAACACCCUGAAACAUCUGCUCCAUAGCUCCAUAUCAAAUGUGUUAAAUAGAAAAAUUACAUUUAGCAUCCUCUCCCCUCCUCUAUUAAUCCUGCUGCAGAACACUGACUUUAAGCCGGUGCCACUGAAAGCCGGCGAAGAUGAAGACUACAUGUUGGCCUUAAAACAGGAGAUGAGGGGAACGAUGCAACGGCUACCUCACAAUAUCAAGCCUGGGUCCAAUAAAGCGGGUGAGAGAGGAAGGAGUGCAUUAGAAACCUGAUGUCUGAUAGAAAUGCUUCAGUCAGACAUUUUUUCUGCUUUGAAGAGGGAUAAUGCAGCACUUAGGUACAGAUGCAUUUAAUAAUGGUCAUAUCUGGGAACAGGAGAGAGUGCUAGAUUCAUGGCAGAUCGUUCAAUUACAGUAGCUACCUCUCCUUUAAUGGAAUUCCUUCACUCAAAGGCAACCUACAUAUAUAUAUAUAUAUAUAUAUAUAUAUAUAUAUAUAUAUAUAUAUAUAUAUAUGUGUGUGUGUGUGUAUAUAUCCGUCCUAAGUUGUCAAUAUGCUUUCUGUAAUAUCUUGUUCGAAAAUGUCUAUGUGUUUUGUUAAAAAUGUGUUAAAAACUCAGUUGCAGUCACUCAGUGUGAUUUGGUACCAACCACACUGUGUUUGUGUGGUAAUCUCUGCUAAUUGUGAACUGAAAGAGCCAACUGUUUAAAAAAAAAGUGUGCUGAAAUAACUUUUCUGUUUUUGCAUGAAACAAGAGGUGGAAAAAUACACUGAGAUAUACCUGAGGAAAACAGGCACAGAGGAUGAAGAGUGGACUCCAGGUUAUUGCAUCACAUUCAUGAAUACAGUCAUUAAAAAAUGGCGACAUCUGCGAAGAAUUGUUGAUAAUUUUUCUUAUUCAUAGACUGGAAUCUUCUUCCAAAAGAAUUGAUGCCUCAAAAGAAGAAACCUCGUGCUAAACCAGGUAUUUUCAAGUAAUCACACCAAACAGUAUGAACAGUUGUAAAUGAGCAGUACAUUCUGGAUUAUAACGCUGAAAUCCAACAGGCAAAAAGAAGAAACCUGUGAAGAUAUCAGUCAAAGAAAACGAAGAAAUGCUGAAUAAAUUAGAUGUAAGUUUUUCUUCAUUUGUUUGGUCAGUGCUCCAUUGCAAACCAAUAGAUGUGAAGUCCUUCUCUUUCUUAACAUUGUCAACAUUUCAGGAACUUGCAAAGAAAGAUGACGGGAACCCUGCUAAAUCAGAUGACGAGGCUGAAAAUAAAAAAGAAAAUGAAGAGGGAGAAGAAAUAGAGGAAGAAGAGUAUGAAGAAGAGGAUAUUGAAGAGGUUGGUUUACAGAUGUUCACUUUACAAUUAUAACAUCUGUGAUACAUGGGAUUAAUAGUUAACUUAAACCAUGUUUGUUUUUUGUAGGACAAUGACUACAUUGAAAGCUAUUUUGACAAUGGCGAAGAUUUUGCAGCGGACAGUGAUGACAAUAUGGACGGUGAAGCAACUUACUGAGUGACUUGAGCAAGUGUGACUGCUGAAAUAGUGUGGAUAAGUCCAAAAUGUUGGAUGCAUUAGCUUUUUUUUGUUUGAUGUUGAUGCAAGCUUUUGUUAAAGACUGAUGUAAAUAAGAAAAGCCAAACUAUGUGCAUACUGGCAAUAAUUUAUUCAAAAUAGAUGUAUUUAUUUUCCAGCCUGUGGCUGUGUUUCCACAGGUUGAAAGGCACAUACUGUCAACAACACUUAUGAAAUUUCAUAAAGUAUUACGUGGACAAAGUGGUCAAAUAAAAGGGCUAUACAACAAAGUCCAAAAUUUCACUAAAUUACACGUAUGAGUCAUUGUGGGAACACUGUGCAUUUCCCAUUUUCCUCACCAUGCUCUAUGAGGUUCUUUGAAUGGAGAAUAAAAUUGCAGUUCUCUUCAGGCAAGCUAAAGAAAAGAACAAAGAAUUCAAGCAAAUGUCAUGGAAAUUAGGAAACACAAUUACCUGGAAUCUCCCAAUACUGAUAGUUGAAGUAAAGGCUAAUGCUCAAAAGUCUUAAAAUAAAUUAAUUCUAUAUUAAACACAAUGGCAGCAGUUAUAUUUUUCCAACCUAUUGAGCUGGAAAACAAAAAAACAUAUUUUCUAGUAUGGCAAAAGAAUACAGUUGGACCAAACUGCUUGGAAUUAGCGUUAAAAUCAAAUCUACAUUUGAUUUCCAAUGCAGGAUUUGAAACAGUGCAGUCGCUGAUUCAUCUCAGAGUAGAAAAACAUGAAUCAGCUGCUGUCUGUCCUGGCUUUGUUUUGAGCUAAUGGACACAGUCUGUCUGUAGACUGAAGGAAAUACAGCAGCAAAGAUUUAAAAAUAUCUGCAGUUAGUCCGUCAUUUGGAAAAAGUUCAGCCAGGCAUAACAUUUGACAUUUUCACUGAGUUUAUACUCCUUGUUGUAAUGCAUACAAAUGAAGGUAGACAGACACCAGAAAUGACCGUCUACAGACUUCUAUUUCUAGGUUCUCAACAAUAAAAAUAACCGCUCUCUAUAAAGUGACUGUCCCAGGCAGACUGGUUGCAUUGAUGUAUUGAGUUAAAAAAACAGAUCUGUUAUGUUUUCUCAUGUUCCCCAUGUUGACUGUCCCCUGCUUUGUCCACAUUAUGUCCACCCUGCGUAUCCCCAUUAAGCCCUUGUCCGACAUUGUGUCCUGGUCCAGCUCCUGCGUGAUUAGCUUCUCCAACAUUUGGGUCCAUUAUUUUGUUAUGAGGAAUGUUCCCUGCUGCUUGUGUAGGAAUGCUGUGAUGGCCGACAUCAGUUUUCAUGAGAACCUCAUAAUACAGCAGAUAAAACACAGGGGUGAUGAUGCCAACAACCAGCAUGAUGGCCACAGCCGUCCACCAUCUCAUGCCCCAGUCCGCCCCAUAAUAAGGGUCCUUCCUCUGCACUGGUUUAUACUCCACUUCUCCUAGCAGUGGCUGCUGUUGCUGCAGCGUCAAAGAGGACACGACUUCGUUCAGGCUGGUCCGAGCCGGACUUGUGGAUUUCACUAGCCGCUCGAUGUCCUUAUCCUUCUCCAAGAGGAAGCCCUCGACACUGUCAGUGGAGGAGGAAGAGUCUGUGGAGGACUCUGUGGGGAGGGAGGUAACAGGGGUGAUCUGGGGAGGGCGCCUGGCAGCUGUAGGGGAGGCAGACUUGAGAGGUCCGGUGCUGUGAGUCUCAGUGAGGACACUAAAGCGUCUCACGGGAAUCUUCACUGACCUCAGGGCGAAAAAGUCCUGCUCUGUCAAGAGGUUGUUGGCUCGCUUGAUGUCAGCCACCUAAAAAUGCAGAAAGAAACAGAUAAUUUCACCAGACUGAUUACAGACGCAUAAUUUCUAAUUUAUUAUUUCACUCCUUUCACUGUAAUGGGCUUUUAUGCAGUCAUUAAACUAGAAUCGCAGCGUGUCAGCUUUUUUCGUACAAGGAUGUAAAACUACAGUACGCCCUCAACAAACAAAAAAAUUUUGCUGUACUGCAUGAAAUUAUUAUCCUGAUGAAAUAAAAGUACAGCUCCCUGAAUAAA